ACCCUAUUUUAUCUCAUUUCAGGCUUGGAUAUUGGCAUGUCAGGGUCACUCGAUCGGCAGUCACCGCUGAACGUGACACCAGACACUGCCCCUCUCCUCUCUCCCUCGCCCUCCAGUUACUCCAACACCAAUGGUGGCCCGGCGUCUCCCAGUGUGCCGACCCCAUCCUUCACCAUCGGGUCAAGUGGUAACGUGAUAAACUCGAGUAAUGGGAGCAGCAACCUAAGCACGUCGCCCAGCCAGUAUCCCCCGAACCACCCCCUCUCGGGCUCUAAGCACCUCUGCUCAAUCUGCGGUGACCGUGCUUCAGGGAAACACUAUGGCGUCUACAGUUGUGAAGGUUGCAAAGGGUUCUUCAAACGUACAGUGCGUAAAGACCUCACAUAUGCAUGUCGAGAAGAAAGAGGCUGUACGAUUGACAAGAGACAGAGGAACCGCUGCCAGUAUUGCCGAUACCAGAAGUGUUUGUCGAUGGGCAUGAAGCGAGAAGCGGUCCAGGUAGGGGCAGCAGAGGAGGAACGACAGCGGACAAAGGGAGACAAAGAAGUCGACACAGACUCGGCGCUGGGCGGUGUCAACGACAUGCCCAUUUCACAAAUCCGCGACGCAGAACUCAACUCAGACCCCACAGAUGAUCUGCUGUUUGAAGAAGGGGACGCAGUGAGCCACAUAUGCCAGGCAGCCGACAGACACUUAGUACAGCUGGUUGAAUGGGCGAAGCACAUCCCACACUUCACAGAGCUGUCUGUGGAUGACCAAGUGAUACUCCUGAAAGCUGGUUGGAAUGAGUUGCUAAUUGCAUCCUUUUCACACCGAAGCAUGGGAGUCAAAGAUGGCAUUGUCUUGGCUACGGGAUUAGUGGUCCACAGAAGCAGUGCCCACCAUGCAGGUGUCGGAGACAUUUUCGACCGGGUGUUGUCAGAGCUGGUGGCAAAGAUGAAGGAGAUGAAGAUGGACAAGACAGAGCUGGGAUGCUUGCGUUCCAUCGUCCUUUUCAACCCAGAUGUGAAGGGACUGUCUGCAUGCGAAACCAUUGAGGUUCUACGAGAGAAGGUCUAUGCAACACUAGAGGAGUACACUCGGACCAGCUAUCCCGACCAGCCAGGGCGAUUUGCCAAGUUGCUUCUGCGGCUUCCUGCCCUUAGAUCGAUAGGGUUGAAGUGCCUGGAAUAUCUCUUCUUGUUCAAGUUGCUUGGGGAUACGCCACUGGACAACUACCUGAUGAAGAUGCUUAUGGAGAAUCCUAACAGUUCCUCUCCCACAACCUAGAAGAUUUACAGAGAGCUUUGAGGAUGCGCAUUUGUUUUUUUCACUUUUUCGUAUAGGAAGAAAACAAGAGAAAGAGAGAGAAAGAGAGAGAGAGAGCACUCAUUUUCUUCUUAUGAUUAUGGAAAGAGAGCUGUUUGCUUGCAGUCUUUGACAAGAGUGUUAAACGGAAAAUGUAUUUGCCUGAAAAUUUGGUUCCUUGUUUUCAUUGUCUGGGAUGGGUUGCAAAACUACCUUCAAGUUAUGGCAGUGGGAAUGGGAAUAGAUAACGAAAAGAAAUUAAUCCCAAAAGUCUACAGUCGCGUACAUGCACUCACUCACUCUUUCACUACCUCAUUCAUUAAUUCGUUCAUCCAUUCACUCACUCAUAAAGUCAUCCAUUCAUUCAUCUAUUCCUUCAUUUAUUCAGCCAUUCACAUGUGUGCACAUACAAAAACACAAAAUACACAAUCAUGCAUCUAUACACAUUCUGCCAUACUCCCACUUUCACUUCUUCAUACUCAUACUCGGACAAAGACUCACAGUCGCACUCACAUUUACACACACAUUUGACGCUGAAGUAAGGAUGGUUGAGAUUACAAUACACUAGAGAGCGUAGGCUAACAAAAACAGCUGAGUGUACAAAUGUUUCAAGGAAUUUUUUUCGAAGCUUUUCAUUUUUGGUGUAAUGACAGUUCUAUUGUCAGAAGCAGGUGAAGAAUCUAGUGAUAUAAGUGUACAUGCUGAGCAGUUUUUAUGGUGGCAAAUGCUAAAAGUAGAGCGAAAAGUGUAUUUUGUUAUUUUGAGAAGUACAUCUUUAUAUGAGUAUUGUAGUUGAAAUUUAACAGGUUUAGAUUAUUUGCAGUUACCGGUGAAACUAUAGACUUUCUUUUUGUAGUUGUAGAGGUGUUAAAAGAGAGAAAGGAAAACAAAAAAUUGCUAAUGCUUCAAGUAAUUACGUAAUGUAAGAUAUUUUUUUAUAAUAAAAGAAAUACAGAUAAGACUUUUUGAUCAUCUGUUGAAAAAAAAAAAUCUUAGCAGUAGUUUUGUUAAACAAGAGUUUGUUUUUUUCUGCAAUUUCAAGUUUAGCAACACAAAAAGAAUAAAGUAAAAAGAAAUUAGUGUUUUGUUUCUGGAAAUGAUUUUUUACAGAUGGUAAAAGUACAAAUGGGAAGAUUUCUGUUUUUUCUUGUAUUUGGUCCUUGAAAUUUUGAACAAUGCAUUUCUGUCGUAGAGUAUAUUCCACCAUUUAAUGGUUCGUUCAUCAAACUCUCCCUUUCUUUUUGAAAAUUACUUGGAAAAUAUUGUAAUAACUAACCUAAGGUUACUUUGGGACUUAAGCUCGACCCUGCUGUUCAGAUAAAUUUGUUUAACAUGUUGCAAUGCCUGUACAUUCAUGGUCUCUUGGCUCUGGCACUCCGUGGCACCAGAAUAAAUUGUGAAUGUUUAGUUGACUGUGAGAGUCGGGACGGAGGUGCUGUGGUAAGACAAUAGUUUAUUCCCAUGUUAGUAGAAUAAUAUUGGGCAGUUAUGGAUUAUUUUGAAAAUGUCAGAAAGAUAAAUGUGAUUCUUGUUUUCUCUUCACAACCCAUUCAAAAGUAAUUGAAUAAAUAUGCUAUUAUAAGUGUUUGAGAUGUAUUGUUCAUAAAUGUCAAACUAUAAGUUCAUUUGCUUGUUAAUUAAGCUUGCAUGCUUAAGUACAAUCAUCUCAGUGUAACUGUGUAUAUAGAGUAUCAUUAUUUCACAUUUCAUUUCAUAUAUAUAUCACUAAAAAGAAAAAAAAGUUUCUACCGAUGAAAAACUCCAGUCCUAUUUUUUCUUCUAUUUUUCUUUCAUUCUUUCCCUCGAACUGAUUAUUAUUUGUGCAAUUGUGUGGAUGUGACUUGCAGUUUAUCAGGUUGCAUAUUUUGCCAUUUUUGUCCGUCGAGGUCAGAUCCAUUUUUUUUUACAUGUAGGCAAGUCACAUAGUUGUACUUUGUGUGUAUAUUUCUUUCCUCGUGGUAGCUGUGUUCCUUGCAAUGUUGUAUAUGUUAAGACUUCAAGGGUCAAAGGAACCUUUUUUUUUUUUU